AUGAGUAGUAGGGGCAUGCUAACUAUAACAUAUGCACUAGAUGAACAAAUUCAAGAUUGGAAGGGGAAAAGUGGCGAAAUUGAUCAAGAAAUGAUUUUAGAUUGUUCUCCUACUAGUUCAAGCUCUUCUACUAGUCCAAAUUCUCCAACUAAUCCUACUAGUCUACUACCAUAUAAAAAACAUCCAUCAUAUGUUGCUUCAUCCACUGAUAAAAAUAAGAAGCCAAAUUCUGUACAAUUUAUUGAUGAUAACAAUACAACAAAUACAGCAAAUUCACCAAUAGCUAGUAGAAGUCCAUCACGAACUAAUACUCCUUUAUCAUAUGUUGCUUCAUUAACUGACAAAAAUAAGAAGCCAAAUUCUAUACAAUUUAUUGAUGAUAACAAUACAAUGAAUACAACAAAUUCACCAAUAGUUAGUAGAAGUUCAUCACAACUUGAUACUCCUUUGUCAUAUAUUAGCUCAUUAACUAAUAAAAAUAAGAGACCAAAUAUUAUGCAAUUUAAUGAUGGUUUUGGAUGUCUAAGUACUGCUGAUUGUGGUGAUCCUGAUCUAGUAUGCGGUGGUGCUGAUGGAACAUGUCAAAUUAAGCAAGGGGCAGAAUGCUAUGGUGGCGACGACGAUGACUUUGAGUGCAUAUAUUUUGUUUGUCGUCGUAAUGUUACAGGUUAUGAGAAGCCAACAUGUCAACUUACUGAUACUCGUCCUUCUGGAACGUUUUGCCUAUUGGAUUAUGCAUGCCAGAGUGGGACAUGUGUUUCAAACGUGUGCAAAUAA